AUGGCCGACACAGACACGGAGACGCUGCCGAACGGCAACGCAACACUGUCAGCGGAGGAGGAGGAAAGACUAAAGCAGAGGCCAGCCGACAUCGAUGCUGACGUACGAGAGAUGGAGCGGCGGAAGCGAGUGGAGGCGCUGAUGUCGUCGAAGCUGUUCCGCGAGGAGUUGGAGCGGGUGCUUGACCAGCAGAUGCACGAAGGUAGCGACGCGCCGCUGCUGCAGCGCAUACGUGAGAUGGUCGGCGGUCGGCUGCAUACAGGAAGCUUGAGGGGUCCAAGUUGUGUGUUGCCAAUCAACGACAUUCGUGGCAUCGAAGGUGUGGGCUACGAGAAGGGAGAGAAGAUACUGCGAUGCAAACUGGCAGCGGUAUACCGUCUCGUCGAUCUCUUUGGAUGGACUCAGACCGGUUUCACGGGCCAGAUAACGGCGCGACUGAACACAGCCCUGGAGCAGGUGUUGACCACGCCCCGCGGCCUGCUUCCGCACGAGGUGACUGCCUCCUCGCUGGUCAAAGUGGACAUGCAGGGGAUUGUCGUCGAUCAGGGCACGACCAACUUCCCAGUCAAUGUUGAAGGAUUCUCCCUCCACGCGAGCGUGCACGCCGCCCGCCCAGACAUCCGCUGCGUGCUGCAUCUCCGCUCGCCGUCCGCCCUCGCCAUAUCGUCCACCAAGCGGGGGCUGCUCGCGCUCUGCUCUGAGGCUGCUACCCUGGGCAGCUUGGCCUACCAUCGGGUACCACUUGGCGUUCUAGACAACGAAGAAUGCGACAAGCUAGUGCGCGCCCUCGGGCCCCACUCGAAGGUGCUGAUGCUGAGCGGCGGUGGCGCCCUCUGCUGCGGCGCAACCCUCGAAGAGGCGUUCUACCAGGCGAAGAACCUGAACACCGCCUGCGAAGUGCAGCUCCGUCUCGCGACACUCCCGCUGGACGAGCUCAGCCUGCUGGACGAGGAAACAGCCAGACAGAUCUACGAGUCGACCCACAAGCCCCCGACGGACGAGAAGAAGUGGCGCGUCGGUGGUGAAGAGUUUGAGGCGCUGAUGAGGAUGUUGGAUAACGCCGGUUUCCGCACUGGAUACAUCUACAGGCACCCACUUAUCAAGAACGAUGUGCCCAAGCCGAAGAACGACGUGGAAGUACCACCGGCGGUCUCCUCGCUGGGAUACCUCUUGGAGGAGGAGGAAUUGUACAAACAGGGGAUCUGGAGGAAGGGCCAAGGCAAGACCGGCGAACGCACCCGCUGGCUGAACUCGCCGAACGUCUACCAGAAGGUCGAGGUCUUGGAGACCGGUACCACUGAUCCCAAGAAGAUCACCAAGUGGGUGGACGCUAACAACGAAGAGUGGGUGCAAGAUGGGUCGCCCGCGCACUCGAGCACCCCGGUCAAGAUCGAUACGCUACAGUUUGUGCCCAAAAACACCAAUCCGAAGGAGUUCAAGCAGUUGCAGCAGCAGAUCAAGGAGAACCGUCGCGCUGACAAGAUCAGCGCUGGUCCCCAGUCCCACAUCCUCGAGGGUGUCUCCUGGGACGAAGCGGCGAAGCGGGUCGGCGAAGACGCCGCCAACACACACACUGGCGAUCAUGUGGUGCUGAUGGGCGCCGCGUCGAAGGGCAUCAUCCAGCGUGGUUACCAACACAACGCGACGGUGUACAGCGCCCCCUACGCGCGAAACCCGUUCGACCACGUCACGGAUACGGAGAUCGACGAGUACCGGCGGACGGUCGAGCGCAAGCAGCGUAGCGAGUAUGACACCGAUUUGUCCGAAUCCGAAGCCAUAAGCGCAGCUCAGAUCACCUCCCCGGCGAGCGCGCCAUCCGAAACUGAAGAGGAGUCGCGAGAUGAACAUCGCGUCCUAAGAAUAGAAACGAAGCAAGCGCCGGUCAGGAGCCAGCCUGAAGUGGUACUGAGCGACGUGGACACCACUGAUUUUUUGGCUGCAGAGCGAGACCAUGCAGAUAGAACUAGAGAUCGUGAUCCCAAUUUGUUAUCUGAUGACGAAGUCUUCUUGGACUCUCCUAUUGACUCUGGCGUGACGUCACCAAGUAUUCCUGAACAGCCGACUGUCCAAGAGCAGCAUGUAAUCAUUCGGACGCAGUACGCAGCUGUGCAGCAGACUGUGAGAGGUACAAAACUAACAAUAUCACCGCACGAUGCUCACAAAAGAACCCUGCACAGCUAUUCCCGGAGCCCUAACUUUAGCCUUGUAACGCAAAAGUUUGAAGCCCCAAAAUGUAAACUUAGCCUAAACCCUAAGUUAGCUAGUAACGCCCUAGCAACCUAUAACGCGGACACCCUAAGCAGUCAGUCUAGUCUAUAUUCCAUACAAUCGUUGGAUUUCGAUCCCAAAUAUCAGAUGCGCACGCGAUCAUUGCCUAGACGAGUUAAAACAGACACGAGUAAUCUAUAUAGGACGCGGUCUCACAGCGCUUUCGUCAACUCAUACAUCAAGGAUCCGGAACCGACACAUUUUCAUGUACCCAAAUGCAACAGCUGUGGCGCUAUCGACACUCGCUCCCGGUGGGAGUUGCCAAAAAUCGAUGCACGCUACAAACAGUUUGGCUCGAUAUAUUACUCCAUAGAUAAUAUACCGAAGAAGAUAGAAGAGAUAGAGUUUUAUGUGAAACCAGACUUUGCCAAAAAGAAAGCCGAAGUACCAGUACAAAGUUUGAAUGGGAAAGAGGAGUUCGUUGAAUCUCAAGAGUUUAAUGAGGAUAAUUAUUUCGAUGAUGUAGCUCUACAGGACAAUACUGUUAUUUUGGCUAAAGACAACGUUAAGAAGGAUAUAAAUAUUGAUCAAACAGAAAACAUCUACAGAGCUGAGUACGUCACGAUAGAAACUCAAACGGAUUUCGCCAAUAACACUAUUGAGUCUGAGGGAGAAUACCACAGCUUCACUGAUGAAAUGAUAGACGAUUUAGACGCGGUCGCUUACGAAAGUCCAGUCAAAGAUCUGGUAGAGAAAGAUAUAAGGGACUACUCGGUUCCUAUAAACUUCUAUUGCGAUGAUUAUGCUAGACGUGACAGUCCUAGAACGUCGCCGCUAAAGAAGAGAGACGCGCCGAAACCACUCACACUAGAACCAAUACUAGAAGAAUCUAAGAGCUACGAAGAAUCGACGAGUGAUAGCAAUAAAUCUCAAAACUCUGAACACCAGGAACUUGACCAUAAUUCUGACACAAGAGAUGGUACACAAUUAGACGGAAAACCCAUAUUUAAAGACUUCAAACGUCCCCCUGACCCUCCUAUACGUGUACCACACCACAGUCAUCGUGGAUCAAGUUCCAGCUGUGAAAUAAAUACGAGCUUCGAUUCAACAGCUGAGUUUGAGAAGUUAGAAGCUGCCACUGAGAUUAUAGAUGUCCUCUUAAACGGAAUUGACUACGACCGAUUUGAAAAAAACCUUCUAGAUACAGAAGAGUGUAAAAUUGCUAAUAUUUUACAAUUUAACGAAACGGAAGAUACGUUCUCAAUUGUCGAAAUAAUAAAUAAUUUAGAAUGUAAUAAUUAUAACCUAACGUCGCAUGAAAUAAGCGUUUCGUUUAUGAAUAAUUCGUUUAAAAUCGCAGAAGCUAUUGUUUACUAUAUAUUUAAUAGAGCUGUAGGUUUGAGUACUGCCCGUAAGAAACCCAGUAACUCCAAGACAGUAGUCACAAUUGUAGAUGUAGAAGAUAUACUUUAUACGACAUCGCGAGAAUGGAUUGGGUUGUUUAACGACUUGACUGUAGAACAAAGUGAUGUAGAUUUGUCAGAUAUUAAGAAACUCAUAAAUUCUAUUAAAUUUGCUACAAAUAUAAACACGGUUCACACACACACACAGUAUAGUCACAGUUUACCUCUGUACUUAGAUACUUUAGGCUCUACGACAUCUGAGAGUAAUGAGGACCUACCGUUCUCCGAUAGUCAUGAUAGUGGCGAAACAAACGAUGAAAACCACAAAUCACAAGAUGACAAUUUUAACUCGGGAUUCGUUCAUGAGGAUAAUAGUUAUGACAUGGCCGCAGAUGUCAUCUGUAAUUUACUAGAGAACUCGAUAAAUGCAAGUUUAUCACAACGAACGGCGGUCGACAUAUCGUUGAAUGAAACGUUCGUUCUGGAAGAGGGUAUGAACGAUGCAUUCCUAGAAUCGAAUAGUAGGUCGUCUACGCCCCAAAGAGAUAGACGUUCAGAAUCAGGUCGGUUAUACGAAAGAGACGAGUCUAUUUUAUCGCCAUUCAUCAAGAAGGCACAGGUGCUACCAAUGUCGCAGACGACCCACGCCGGCGGGGUGAAGUAUUGGGUGUCUUUCACCGAGGAGAUGGAGGUGGAAAACGAGAAACGGAGAUCGUUAAACAUUGUCGACGAUAAUACGGUUCCUAGCUUCUUUAUCCUAGAUCAGCCAAGUGAACGAAAACGCAGCGAGCUUUUAGAUGACACACGUGAUUCGAAUGAUACCCACUCAAGGUACCAGAGCUGCGAGUCUCCGAAGCUGGAUGACAGUACAGAGAAGCUGCUGUAUGAUAAUAGGGGGGGAGGUAGAGCGUCCAGCUGGCCUCCGGCUGACGAGUCGCUGUUUUAUAAGAUUUUGACGAAUUUUAGGCAAACGGAGAGUUUUGAAAUGAGUGACUUAACCUAUACUAGAUUUGAGAACAGUCUUUGA